AUGCCACGAGACGAAGACGAAGAAAACAGUCAAGCGGGUGAAGAAGAAGAAACCGAACCAAAACAACCUGAAUACAACUAUGACGAGAUCGAUGAAGUGUCAGGAUUCAAGAAAGUUGACAAAAUGAUUUGGGAUUUGUAUAUGGAAGCUCGGGCAUCUCACUUGAAAGAGAAGGAAUCGGAGGAAGCUGAAAAUAAGGAAGAAACACCAGAAGAUGAUUUUGACAAAGAGGGAUUUAUUACAUCACUUGUUGAGAGUAAACAUUUGAAUGACAACAGAGUAAAGAUGGUUCUUCGACUCGCAUUGUACAAGGGUGAAAUGAAUGAAUUUAAUGAACGACACGGAGAAGGUCAUGCAAUUUAUGCUAACCAGGAUCAAUAUAAGGGAGGAUUCCAACAUAAUUUAAAGCAUGGAAAUAGAGGCUUGUACAUUUACUAUUCGCUAUAUCCAUCUGCAAAGUCUUUUCUGAAAGAAGAUGUGGCAAUAAUGAAAAUGAAAGACACAGAGGAAGUGAAACAGAUAUUUGCCAAAACAGAUAAGAGUGAAGAAGAAAAGUUAAAAGAAGCAUCUGAAUAUAUUACUACAAUAGAACCAUUCAAUAGAUACAUACCUCACCGAGUGUUCUACGUUUUGAAAUAUGGCCCUUAUCCAUUCUAUGAAGGACCAUUUUGUCAAGACAAAAAGAGAACCUCAAUGGAUCAAAAAUACCUAGUGGAUAAUUCUUCUGAGAAGCCUCCAAAUUUUGUCAUUGAUCCACAGGCAGUCAUCAAAUAUAAAGAUGGCUCAAUGUACAUUGGACAAUUUCUGGACAGUAAAAAGCAUGGAUUUGGAACCAUGUAUUACUCGAAUGGAGACAUUUACAGAGGAGAAUGGAAGAACAAUCUCAAGCAUGGUGUUGGUGACUAUUAUUUUGCUGCAAACAAGAGCUCCUUUCAUCAGUCCACUUGGGAAAAUGGACAAAUUAAAUCUGGACAAUGGAGAAUGCCUUGUGGCACAGUAUACCAAUCCAAUAACUUUUCAAAGCAAACUCCUUUCGGUAGCACUGGAACCUUUAUUUUCGAUUCAACCACAUUGAAAGGAGAGAAAAAGAAAAUUCAUGUGAAUGGAACGUUUAUUGAGGAUGAAUGGCAGCCAAAGAGUAUUGUGCUGGCACAAGAACACUAA